AUGGACAAAUAUACUAAUAUACACCAUCCUGAUUAUAUUCCAGGUACGUUCAACAUUUACUCCUCAAGCAGCUUGGAAAAUGGUAUCAUCUACGGUUCUCGUCUCAAGAAAAGCAAAAGAGAUGUAAUUUUGAUUCCUCAACCUUCUGACUCGCCUAAUGAUCCACUCAACUGGUCUAAAUUGAGAAAAUUUGGACAUUUCGGGUUGAUGUCUUUUAUCACUGCUUUUACUGCAGCAACAAGUAACGAUGCUGGAGCAGCACAAGAUUCUUUGAAUGAAAUAUAUGGUAUUUCUUAUGAUGCAAUGAACACAGGUGCAGGUGUUCUGUUUCUUGGCAUAGGUUGGGCAACUCUAUUUCUGGCCCCUUUAGCAAACCUGUAUGGCAGAAAGAUCACGUACAUAAUCUGCAUAACCUUGGGAUUAUUUGGAGCAUUGUGGUUUGCACUUGCCAAACGUACCAGUGACACUAUAUGGUCCCAACUCUUCGUGGGGAUAAGCGAAUCGUGUGCAGAGGCCCAGGUUCAACUCUCGUUGAGUGACAUAUAUUUUCAGCAUCAACUGGGUUCUGUUUUGACGGUUUACAUUUUAUGCACCAGUAUCGGUACCUUCCUCGGGCCUCUGAUUGCGGGAUAUAUAUCAUCUCUAACUACCUUUCGCUGGGUAGGUUGGGUUGCCGUUAUAAUUUCUGGUGCACUCCUUUUGGCCAUUGUAUUUGGUUGUGAGGAGACAUAUUUCGACCGCAACAGAUACGUAGUGCCCACUACUUCCCAAAAGAAUAUAAGAAGCCAGGAAGAAAGCUCCAAUGGACAAACAUUCAAUCCCUCUUUAAUUGAUUCCACGGGUAAAACUCUGGAGUUCGAACAACAUGACGAAUUUAAAUCAGUUCUACAGAAAAGAGUUGAUAGAACGGAAGAGGAGGAGCGAACGCUUACAGUUGGCGAAGAAAAAACUAAGCUCAUUGAUGGUUCAAAAGAAGAACUGAACAGUUACUGGAAAAGGGUUGCCAUAACUACGAAAGCUACCAACUUGCGCGGAUUAGGAGUCAAGCAGUACUUCCACUACCUAGCGAUCAAUUUGAGAAUGUUCAUUUUUCCACCAGUUUGGUUAUCUGGUCUUUUUUGGGGCAUUCAAGAUGUUUUUCUUUCAUUCUAUCUUACAACUGAAGACACUUUGUUUUACGAUGCACCUUGGAAUUACAGUGAUUAUGGUGUGGCAAUAAUGAACGUUCCUACUUUGAUCGGUGCAGUUAUAGGUUGUAUCUACGCGGGAGUGAUAAGUGACUACUUUGUGUUAUGGGUUGCACGUCGGAAUAAUGGAGUUCUUGAAGCCGAAUAUAGGCUGUAUUUUUCUUUUGCCACUGCGAUAAUUGGUCCUGCCGGCUUGUUGAUGUUUGGAAUAGGUGCUGCACGUGCUUUACCCUGGCAAGUCAUAUACGUUGGUUUAGGAUUCAUUGGAUUCAGUUGGGGCUGCUCUGGGGAUAUCGCAAUGUCGUACUUGAUGGACUGUUAUCCAGAUAUGGUACUCGAAGGUAUGGUGUGCACUGCCAUUAUAAACAACACUAUCUCAUGUAUUUUCACAUUUACUUGCUCUUAUUGGCUAGACGCUUCAGGAACUGAAAACACGUAUAUUGCCUUGGCGGUCAUUAAUUUCGGAAUUACAUGCUUGGCUAUCCCAAUGUUCAUCUGGGGAAAGAGAAUUAGAAAAGCUACAAAAAAGUGGUACAUUGCGUCAAUUAACGUGCGGGACGGAUUUUAA